CCCAUCACACACGUUACAUUCCCCUCAACAGAGAACUGCGUUCCAGGUAUCGUAACGGCCAAAGCCGAUUGAGUUAUCUCACUUUUCAAUCUGUUACAAAUUUGAAAUUUACUCCCUUUGGAUUCUCUUUGAACAAGUUACGAAGAUACCAAAAUGGCGACGCAGGAGGUUGAGAUUACAAGCUUCACCCCGCACAUGAUGAGGAGCAAGACUCCUGAAGUGAGCGAGAAGAUGGCUCUGUACUUCGAAAGUAUGAGAGGCACGACGCCUGACCCGCCACAGUCCAUUCACGGGGACGACUGGGCGGCCUCAGAACGAUCUGUCCCCAUGCACCGAUCGAGAAAUUACGACAACGGCUAUUCUCGUACGGGUGCCGAUCCUCAGUAUACGAUGCUUCCGCCCGAGAUGCGUCGCGAGGAUUCUGCAAUGCGGCUUGAGCGCGAGGUGUUUGGAGACGACAAUCAUGGCUCGAGUGAUUAUGUGCGCUCCGCCAUUCCCCGAAAUACAAAUGGAGACGACAGGCGCAGCGUCGCUGGUGGAAACAGAGUCCAAGGCGAGGACGGUCACAUUGGUCCUCGUCCCGGAAGAGAUGGUAGCUAUUAUGGCGAAGACGACGGUCGUGGCCCUCAGCGGGUGAGGGAGGAGGUGCGUAACGGCUGGGACGACCAGGUACAGGCUCGGUCGCCAACGCGCUCGUUCCGUGGUCCUCCCACCACCAUGGGCGUCCCGAAACCCCACUAUGCGCGUAGCACUGGUGGGCAUACAGCCGCAGGAUUCCCAUUGCCCGAAAGCGAGGCAUCCGACUCUGUGGAUUUGCCCCUGCCACGCACGGUCUCGCACCACUCUCGUGCGCCAUCCGAAGUGCAAGGCCCGCCUCCUGUACAGCCAAAGCACCAGAGCUAUCAGACCAUGUCCAGCGAGCCGUCCUUUGGUCCGGGCAUGCCAAGGGAGUCGAUGGCCUACAACCCGCUGACGGACCAGCGUCCUGUUCCCGCUCAGCAGGUCAGCAUCACCAUUCAGCCACCGACUGAUCCCGCCCACUCUCGUGCGCAUACACCUGCCCAGAUCCAUCCAAGCAGGACAGACGAUGGCGGCUCUGUGCGUACUGAGCGGACGGGAGCUAGAAGCAUCCGGACUACCAGAACGGCGCCGAGAAGCAUUGUAGAAGAAGGAGAAGACUGGUCGAAGCGCGAAAGAGAAGAGGAAGCGAGGAGGGAAAGAGAGUUCGAGAGAGAAAUUGAACACGAAUUAGAGGCUCAAACGGACAAUCGUUCUCGCCGUGAGCCUUCUCCAACAAGGAGUGCUGCUCGCACUGAGCGCACAACUCGUUCGAUCCUCAAACAACCGCAGCCGACUCAGAUACCAAUGCCUGGCUCUGUCCAUCCUUCCCAAAUGCCGCUGCCGAUGUCUGGUCGUACAACGCCCGAGAGUCAAGCUUCUCCAUACCAGCCAUUCAGGAUGGAAGAAAAUCGCUCGCAAUAUGGUGCUCCUCCUGCGGGUGGGUUUGGUGGCUCUCAAUACGCUGGUGGCCCCCCCGCCGACGUGUUUGGGGUUCCUCCCGCUGGUAGCCAGUAUGGAGGUCCGCCACCCGCUGGCAGUCAAUAUGGCGGUCCACCGCCUCCUCCUGAAAGUCAGUAUGGAGGCCCACCGCCUGCUGCCAGUCAGUAUGGCGGCGCCUCUCGAGCUCCUGGUAGUCAGUUUGGUGGAUCGCGAUACGGUGCACCGACUGGAACAUAUGGUGGCCCGCCCCCUGCCGGAAGUCAGUACGGCGGCGCUUCCCGCCCUCCUGGUAGCCAAUUUGGUGGAUCGCAGUAUGGCGCCACUGCUCCAGGUGUGCAGCCUCCGCCUCCUGGCUCUGCCUAUGGUGCUGUGCCAAACCCCUACUCCACGGAUUACGUGUCCCAGAAGGCUCCAACUGCAAAAGCCCCAUCUGUGUAUGAGCCUUCACCCAAGGCACCUUCCGUGUAUGCUCCAUCUGCCAAAGCGCCGUCUGCUUACGAGCCCCCCCGGAGCGCAUAUGACGGCGCUCAAAAAUCUCAAGCGCCCUCUCGAUACGCACCAUCAGCUCAAUACGCGCGCUCCCAAGCCCCUCAGUCGCCAACUCGAGGUGCUUCAAGGUAUGCCCCGUCGCAAGCGCCUCAUUCACCCACUCGGGAAGCCUCAAGGUACGCCGCGUCGCAAGCCCGCGGCCCGGCAAGCCGCUAUGCUCCUUCCCAACCGCCCAUGUCGCCGACUCGUGGUGGAACUGAGUAUAAUCGCGCUUUUGAUGAGCCUCCCGAAGCGCCACAGCCUGUCGAGAUUUCUCCCGGUGUCACCGCGGUGCCAGGUGGCUCCGGCGGAAACGUGGACAUUGAGGUUGGAGAGCACGGCGAGACGGUCAUCCAUGUCAAUCCCGUUGUUCCGGAGCUUGCUCCGGAGCGCGCUGCCUCUCGUGCCCCAUCUCGCGCUCACUCUCGUUCCCCAUCACGGGUUCCGUCUCGAGCCCCGUCUCGCACUGCGUCUCACGCUCCACCCGCUCCCAGUGAGCGUCGGGAACCGAGUAUCGCCCCUCGAUCGAUGCGUGAUGGCCCUACGUCCCGCACCCCUCGGACCAGUUAUACGCUCGAUCCCCACGAGCUCGCAGACCUGGUGAACAAGACUCAUUUCCAAGAUAACGAUAUUCGCACGCUCCUCAGCGUCCAUGACAAUCCUAAUACGCCGGACGUCGUGAAGAGAGCGGCGAGAAGCUAUGUAGUUAAGCGACUCCGCAAGCUUGGUAUGGUAGGGCCCGCAGACGAACUUCUGAGGGACGCGCGUGCAUCGUCUCGCGCGUACAGACAUGCAGACAGGGAGAAUGCUACUACUGAGCCUAACUUCAUGAGUCCACAGCAACCCGGUGUCAAUAUCCCUCAGAGCAAUGUUCCGCCGCCAUGGGCUGAGCCUCUCUUCGACAUGCUUGCCCGUGCACAGAGUAGACUAGAUGAUCUCGACACCAAACUCCAGACGCCGAGACACACGGACGAUUCUAUUCCAGAUAUGGAAGAGGAGGAUCUACCCAUCGAGGACCGUAUUCAUGAGCUGCCACCUGAAGAGACAGCCUACAUCAACGAUGAAUACCCAGACACGCUCGAUGAGACAGCCUCUCAGGCGGAGACCGAGCGGGCACCUCCCCCUCCUUCACGCUCUCCUAUGCCCAGGGGCCCCUCGCGGGGCCCGUCACCACUGCCUCCCAAGCAGCAAGAUGUAACCGUUCAUGUCGGCAAUGUCGACAUCACCAUCCGUCAACCGGCUACCAGAGAAAGUACUCCACCUGCGCAGGACGACGGCGAUAUUGCCGCAAUGCGAGCUACGCUGAACAAAGUGCUCGAGCCAAGCGAGGCAGGUGGCGAGCCUUAUGAGAACGAUGCUGAUCGAGAGGAAGAGCUAUACAAACUGCGCCAGAAGCCUGUCGACAGGGGGGAUGCCGCGAGCCAUCGGACCUGGGAAAUUGAGCGCGAAGAGGAAACCCUUCCAGACCUGCCUCCCACCGCCAUGGGUCAUCAUGGAGAACCGUUUGCGCGCAAGGAAAGUCCUCCUCUGCCUCCUAUUCCUCAGGAAGAGUUGGAAUAUGACCACGAGAUCUCUACCCCAUGGCCGAGGCAAGAGAACCGGGGUCCCCAGCCCUGGCAGCUUGUGCAUCAGCGGUUGCUUAAUUGGGCAAUCGUAUGGCCGACAAAGGAGCUCGAUGAUGCUCUUUUGUCUUGCAACCGCGGCCACCAGACGGACGAAGUUGCUCUCUCCAUCUGGACUGCUCAGGUCUACAAGCGGUACAUUCGUGCGCGGAAGACUGAUCAGCCUGACAAGCCAAUCGAGAGGCUCUUCGUCCCUCCUAACAUGGCCGACGCUAUCAACAAUGCUGUUUUCAAUGGACGGCAUAACGACGCUUGUGGGAUGUUGAGGGACCUCUGGGCACCUUUCGGAUUGGCCGAAGACAAGAACAAUCCCGCUCAGACUAACAUGCCCCGCCUGCUCGUGGUGUUGGCUAGACAUAGGAGAGACGAAAAUCAUUGGGUCGUUCACAGAUUUUCGCUCCCUGAUGGGAGUCUUACGACUUACGACACAUAUCCGGAACGUUCUCUCCCGGAUGGCAGACCUCUUGGUUGGUGGUUUGCCAUCCGUAUCGCAUGGCCGCACGCUAUGUAUCCUCAUCCUGAUCACCUAGUCCAGAAGAUGGUCCGUCUUCACCGGCCGCUGCAACUACUUUGUGACAACUCCGUUGCGGCUGCGGCUAUCUGGCGCAACAUCCUUAUGGGAUCGAAACCCGAGCGGCAGGUCGACUUGGAACGGCUUCGCGAUCUCGUCAGCAGCGAAGUCAAGAACCUCCGCACCAGGAAGGAUAUGGGUCGACUGAGUAUCAGCACUGGCACGCAAUGGGAUUUCAGCUGAGCUGAAUCCGCGAACCCAUGAAAACUGAGGAACAAAUAAAUUAUCCGGUUAUGCUUUCUCCGAAGUGGAAAUUAUAUUUUGGAUUUGUUGUACCGCUGACGGGGCUAUGACUAAAACAUGUCGUUUUACAGUUCUUUGUAUAUCUGGUUGACUUUUGUACCAUGUCCUGGAACAUUAUGAGCCAGAGGUGUACGUACCACCACUUAC